AUGGUGAAAGUACUCUCAGCUGCAGCAAGACAUUUGAAUGGUGUAAGCGCUUCAAAGAUGGCCAGUGAAUCUGUCACUGGUAAUCCUGGUCGUGAUAGUUCUCAGCCCACAGUUGUCAUUCCUGAGAACAUUCGGCGCGUAGAACAGGCUAUCCUUGAAAAUCGUCGCAUAACAUAUCGUGAAAUAGUGAAUAUGUGUAAUAUUUCGUUAGGAACGGUAAACACAAUACUUCAUGACACUUUGCUAUUCCGAAAAGUGAGUGUACGCUGUGUACCAAAACAGCUUUCUACUUUUGACUGGCACAGAAGAGUUGGAUGUUGUACUGAACUGAAGGAUCGUUAUGAGCCGGAAGGCCAGCAUUUUCUUGAUCACAUGUGA